AUGGUAAAAUCAUCUUAUUUUGGUUUGGGUAUCAUCGAUUGUGCUUAUUCGGUGGUAGUUCGCACAAGCAACAAAGAAAACGCUGGGACUACAGCGAAUAUAUUUGUACAAUUAACAGAUAUCGAAGGCAUACAGACAGAUAAAGUACGUCUUAAAUGUUCAAUUAGUCAUCGAAAGAAAUUUCAGCGCGGCCAUUCAGAUCUAUUUUUGCUAAUUGAACAAAACCCAUUAUCAGAGCUCAAAUCACUAGAAGUAUGGCAUGAAAAAAAGGGUGACUGCAAGCCUUGGUUACUGCAUUCUGUAUAUAUUAUCGAACAUAUGCAUCAUAUACUAUAUCAAUUUCCAUGUCACAAAUGGCUUGGUGACGAUCCUGAUGACUUGAUUUCAAGUGUAAAGCUAAACGCUUCCGGACAACCGUUUAAAGUUUUGCAAGAAGGUGAACUAUAA